CAACAGGUGUAAUUGUGCUUUUCCAGCAAUUCUUGAUUUUCUUACACCCAUGAGCUGGCAUUCGCAGCAGGACGAGCCACUAACGUGGCAGUACACGGCUGCCUCCAUUCUCAAGUUCGACGUGCGCAUUCUGCACGCCAUAGGCGUUUGGGCUCUGCCGGUGACGAGAGUUUAUCGAGCGUACACGGGCAUCAUCCUCGUUCUAGUCGUGGCGUACUCCGUCGAAGCCGUGAUCCACAUCAGGUUAGUGCGCUUCAAUCUCGACGAUAUCACGCUCGCCGUGUCCACGUACGCGGUGAUCGUCACCAGCGCGGGCAAACUUCUGUCCUUCCUCCACCACGAGCCCGGCUACUGGCGCCUGGUGCGGUGGCUGGACGCUCUAGUGGCCGACCAGAAGAAGUUCUGCGAGGAGCGACCUCCGCUGCAGGCGAUAUUCGACAGGGCCCAGAAGCGCGCCACUCGCUUCACGCACGCCCUGCGCAUAUACAACACUUCGCUGAUACUGGCCUGGGUGUUCAUACCGCUGAUGGCCCCGCCUGGACAGAGGCCGUUGCCAUUCCAGCAGCUCCCACUGUCGGAGACGGACGAUUUCCCGCUCUACAUCGCAUCCUAUUUGUUGCAGUCCGUCUGCAUGCUCUACAUGAGUUUGGUCAGCGGCAGUCUGGACGGCUUCUUCACGGCUGUCAUGAUCCACACGGCUGCGCAGUUUAGAAUUCUGGCCUGGCGCAUUGCUGAACUCCGACAGAAUAACGAGGGGCGAAAACAGCAGGCAAGAUCCGAUGUCUAUGAGAAAUCUCAAAAGGCUGCGGAGACUGACGACGUGUACGAAGAACUGCGUCUUUGCAUCCGAACUCACCAGGAAAUUACGAGCUUUGCCGCACACCUGGAAAGUGUGAUGAAAUCUAUUGCAGCUCUGCAAUUAGUUACUGGAGUGACCAACGGUUGCUUGAUGAUAUUCCCAACAGCAGCUAGCUCCGAGAGCGGCGCCGCGCUGCUCAAGUGCGUGGCCUGCGCGCCCACCAUCAGCGCUCAGGUCCUCAUCUACUGCCUUGGAGCUCACUCUGUACAGGAGCAGUUGCUGAACGCAGGAUACUCCUACUACGCGCUCUUGAAGAACUUCAACAGCCGCUAACAACACAACAUACCGCUGGCAAGAGUGGUGGGCAACACAGACACUGAACAAGAAAAAUCUCUCCUGGCUGACAACUCACCUGCAACUGAUGCUAAAUACGCAGCUACUGAUCCUUCCCGCACGAACAAUGAAUGAAGAUGAGGCCAGCUUCUGCUUCGGUGGCAGCUACCGUUCUCGCUGAUUUCAUCAACCCAAGAGACGAAAAGUGAUCCUUGCACGCUAGAUUAUCCGCCUUCGCUCUAAUACUAGUGGACUAGCAGUAGACUAA